CCUCUUGACUCCUACACACUAGACAGCUGCGUGUAUAUACAGCAAGUGAUUCCUAAUCAGAGAAAAAUGCCGACGCCUUUGGAUCGCGCAUUAAACUCCAAGAACCUAUUCCUAGGUUUUACCGGAAUGGUCACAGCGGCGGCUGUUUGGGCCAUCUGGGGUAGUGACAUGUUUCCCGCUGAAGCUGACCCAAUUGGAGACCCGGAGAACUGGACUGCAGAUGAAAUGGUGAGAUGGCUUCGUGUGAGGGGCCUCUUGCCCAAUGAGAACGCAACGCGCGAGGAGUUGCUCGAGCGCAUCAAAGCAAAUCUGCGUGUGCCGCGAAGAUCCGCGGCCUGAACGCAGUGGCGAAAGACAGCAAUUUGUUUGUUUCGGGAUUAUAUGCUUGGCGUAUCACGGAGUGUUUCAUGGAAUUUCCUUUGGUUGUCCAUCUUGGCUCAAAUUGCGUAAUCAUGUGGUUGACUCAUAGCGCAUAAUGUAUUUAUCAUGUCGUCAGACCGUACUGGUAAAUCUCGUCAUUUCC